GGAGGGAAAACAUGCACUUAGACACGUAGACCAAUAGCUCUGGACAUAGUUUCAGGCGACAUUCAAAGAUGCAAAAGAUGCAGAAGAUGCUUCUCGUAGUGUGCGCGCUGUCGCUACUACCGCUGCCACUGGUGGUCGUGGCAGAGGAGACGCACUGUGGUGGCACGCCCGACCGAUUGUGUGAUGUGAAACCUGGGGCAUUCUACUACGAGGAGCCACCGACCACAGGUAGGCUAUUUCUUGACUUGUGACAGUACGCUGCCCCGGUAUUCCAACUAGUACUGUGCGCAUUGUCUAUUUUAAAAUAUGCCAUGCACAUUUCUAGCCAGGGUAUCUGGGACACUAUAUCGAGACCAAUAUGCCUACAAUUCACUAAAUUGAUGAAAUUGAAAAGUGUGCUAAGUUGUAGAAAAGUCUGUUUGUAUGAGUUCCAAAGAAUCAGUAACUUGUGUAAUGGAGGUCAAUGACUGCUCAGUCAUUUUUGACAAAGUGAAGGCCUUCAGUAGAGUGAUGUGAACUCAAGAUUUCACCACUGCCUAAAUAUUAUUUUAUUUUUGGCACAAUUUCGCAUGUACACUAUAUACUGUAUACAAAAGUAUGACACCCCUUCAAAUUAGUGGAUUUGGCUAUUUCAGGCCACACCCGUUGCUGACAGGUGUAUAAAAUCUAGCACACAGCCAUGCAAUCUCCAUAAACAAACAUUGGCAGUAGAAUGGCCUUACUGAAGACCUCAGUGACUUUCAACGUGGCACCGUUAUAGGAUGCCACCUUUCCAACAAGUUAGUUAGUCAAAUUUCUGCCUUGCUAGAGCUGCCCCGGUCAACUGUAAGUGCUGUUAUUGUGAAGUGGAAACGUCUAGGAGCAAUAACGGCUCAGCCACCACACAAGCUCACAGAACGGGACCACCGAGUGUUGAAGCGCAAAGCGUAAAAAUUGUCUGUCCUCGGUUGCUACACUAACUACUGAGUUCCGAACUGCCUCUGCAAGCAACAUCAGCACAAUAACUGUUCGUCGGGAGUUUCAUGAAAUGGGUUUCCAUGGCCGAGCAGCCGCACACAAGCCUAAAAUCACCAUGCGCAAUGCCAAGCGUCGGCUGGAGUGUUGUAAAGCUCGCCACCAUUGGACUCUGGAGCAGUGGAAACGCGUUCUCUGGAGUGAUGAAUCACGCUUUACCAUCUCGCAGUCCGACUGACAAAUCUGGGUUUGGUGGAUGCCAGGAGAACGCUACCUGCCCCAAUGCAUAGUGCCAGUUGUACAGUUUGGUGGAGGAGGAAUAUGGUCUGGGGCUGUUUUUCAUGGUUCGGGCUAGGCCCCUUAGUUCCAGUGAAGGGAAAUCUUAACGCUAUAGCAUACAAUGACAUUCUAGAUGAUUCUGUGUUUCCAACUUUGUGGCAACAGUUUGGGAAGGCCCUUUCCGGUUUCAGUAGGACAAUGCCCCAGUGCAAAAGGUUAUACAGCUGCACCAUCGAGAGCAUCCUGACUGGUUGCAUCACCACCUGGUAUGGCAACUGCUCGGCCUCCGACCGCAAGGCACUACAGAGGGUAGUGCGUAUGGCCCAGUACAUCACUGGGGCCAAGCUUCCUGCCAUCCAGGACCUCUAUACCAGGCAGUGUCAGAGGAAGGCCCUAAAAAUUGUCAGACUCCAGCCACCCUAGUCAUAGACUGUUCUCUCUGCUAACGCAUGGCAAGCGGUACUGGAGCGCCAAGUCUAGGUCCAAAAGGCUUCUUAACAGCUUCUCCCUCCAAGCCAUAAGACUCCUGAACAGCUAAUCAUGGCUACCCGGACUAUUUGCAUUGCCCCCUCACCCCACCCCCCCUCUUUUACGCUGUUGCUACUCUGUUUAUUAUUUAUGCAUAGUCACUUUAACUCUACCCACAUGUACAUAUUACCUCGACUAACCGGUACCCCCUGUAUAUAGCCUCCCUACUGUUAUUUUAUUUUACUGCUAUUUUUAAUGUUUUACUUAUCUAUUUUCUCUACUUAACACUCUUUUUUAUUUUCUUAAAAAACUGCAUUGUUGGUUAAGGGCUUGUAAGUAAGCAUUUCACUGUACCUGUUGUAUUUGGCGCAUGUGGCAAAUACAAUUUGAUUUGAUUUGCACAAAGCGAGGUCCAUAAAGAAAUGGUUUGUUGAGAUCGUUGUGGAAUAACUUGGCUGGCCUGCACAGAGCCCUGACCUCAGCCCAAUUGAACAACUUUGGGAUUAAUUGGAACGCCGACUGCGAGCCAGGCCUAAUCACCCAACAUCAGUGCCCGACCUCACUAAUGCUCUUGUGGCUGAAUGGAAGCAAGUCCCCGCAGCAAUGUUCCAACAUCUAGUGGAAAGCCUUCCCAGAAGAGUUGGAGGUUGUUAUAGCAGCAAAGGGGGGACCAACUCCAUAUUAAUGCCUAUGAUUUUGGAAUGAGAUGUUCGACGAGCAGGUGUCCACAUACACACACUAUCCCUUUUGUUAGUUGAUAUGGUUGAUAUAUGUACUGUCUGUCUUUUAUGUCAGUCAGUAGCUAUGUUUCCAUUAACUUGUCCAUAGAUUUUUUGUGUGUUUAUUUAAGUUUUUUUAUUUAGAAGCAUAGAAAAUGGAUACAAUUGCCUGCUAUCGUGCGUUUCCCUUUAACUAUUUUGCGUCUAUUAAAAACAGCUGGACGUAAUGACGUCACAUAAAAAAUUAAACAAUACAGUGUAUAAUAGAAAUUAAGUAGUUGAAGGGUUUCCAUUACCCAUUUAGGCAAAUUGCGCAUCAAUACAUUUGGUGACAGCCUGAAUGCUCUCAAACCUCUGUUUCAUGUCUCAGGUAGCCCGUGAAAGCCAACAUGGAUAGAAUGCAAUAAUUGACUAAUAUUUGACAUACUAAUAAUUCUCAUGUGCCAACGUAUCACACCGAUGAUUAACAAAUCGCAAUUGUGAAACUUGCAGUCCUGUAAAUCUGAAAUAAUUGGAUGGUGAAACUUGCAUCCAGCCAACCAGAAAAGCAUGGUGAUGCAAUUCUGGCAUUUUUGAAAGUCAGGAUAAUCCAUGUCCUGCAAAUAAACAUUAUUUUUAGAGUUGAAAAAAUAUAUUUUGUAAGCAGUAGGCAUUUAGAAUUAAAUGUGGAGUGGAGCGUCAAAAUCAAGUGCCACACAACUUAAAAAUUAUUCGGAAAUCAUUUAUUCGAAAAUUCACUGUUUCUAUCAUGAUUUGUCGCAAAAAAAGUUUGACAAAUGAAAAAUCCACCCUUAUUGAACGGAUAAAAAUAUUGUUGAUCUUUGGAAAAUGUCUCGAAUAUCUGCCGUUUCCAUUACACAUGUUAUGCAUUAUAUAUUUUUUUGCGACACUACUUUUGUCAAAUAAACCUGGGUCAAUGGAAACCUGUCUACUGACAGUCACUCAAUUAUCCAUGUCAGCUAACAAUUUUUAGAUUGUUAGUCUAGCCAUCUAUCUAAACUUGUAGUAAUCAUGGCAAAAUACUGACCGGGCGUGCAGGGCAGUUGAGAUUUAUUUUAUAGAAAUAGAUCAUGCCUCUCCAUAAACAAGAGGUUGUACAGGCAACAUUCCUGCCAGCUUUUGACUAUGCUGACACCAGCCUCUACUCUAAAACCAUUGGAUGCUGUGUACCAUAGCGCGCAUCGCUUUAUCACGGGUGACAGGUUUAAUACUCAUCACUACAUCCGUUGUCAGAAGGUCGUCUGGACUUCUCUAAAUUCCCGUAGAUCACUUAAAUUCUCCCAUUUUGUUUACAAAGCUAAGCUGCACAAGCUUCCAACAUAUCUCACUUCUCUGUUAAAGUAUAAAAAUAUAAGAGCACCAAACCCGCUCACAGGGUUGGUUAAAUCUUGAGGUCCCGUGUCUCUGCCCACCUAGGUAAAUCAUCCUUUAGUUUUAACGCCCCCCAUGUUUGGAAUAAUUUACAAACCUCAUUACAUCUUGAAUCUCUGGUGCCAAUAGGGCAGUUUAGAACACUGAUGAGGAAUGAAUUCACCGACGUUUGCGAGUGGUUGAUUGUAAUAAUGUAUUUGUGUUGUUGAAAUGUGUAUCUGUAACUGCUGUAUCUUGUAGGUUCUGUUUUAUUGAAAUAUCAUGUUGAUUUAUGAAUUGUUUGUUCUCAGGGCACUAUUGAGAAUGAGACCAGGGUCUCAAUUGGGCUCCGACGGAAUGAAUGAAUGAAUAAAUAGAAGUUAAAUAAAAAAGUUAAACAAUCUACUUCCUCAGAUGAACUUGUGGAUACCAUUUUUAUGUCUCUUUGUGCAGUUUGAAGAAAGAUGCUAACUAGCACUCGCGCAAUUGCUAACUAGCGCUACCACAAUGACUGGAAGUUAUUUUUUUUGUUGGGGGGGUGGUUACAGGUACAUUAUCCAUUUCAAAUGAUACAUUUAUGAAACAUGUACCCUUAGGCUGCCACUAAAAAUAAGAAAAACAGUAAGUAAUGCAUACAGAAGGAAAAUAAAAGUAUGUUACAUUUACAUUUUAGUCAUUUAGCAGACGCUCUUAUCCAGAGCGACUUACAGUUAGUGAGUGCAUACAUUAUUUUAAAAAUGUUCAUACUGGCCCCCCGUGGGAAAUGGGUCCCAAAGAGUCCAGUAGCUUGUGUAAUGGAGGUCAAUGACUGCUCGGUUCUCUCUGUCUCUCUGUGUGUGUGUGUGUGUGUGUGUGUGUGUGUGUGUGUACAAAUACACCCCCUUAGCCAGGACACAUGGGUCUCUACUUAUGACUCCCUCUGAUAAAGUAAUGGGUGGACAGGCUAGGCUAAGUUCAGGACUGUUUCUACCGCUACGGUACAUCAGUCAGGGUGUAGGAAUGAGGAGAUGGAGCAGAAAUCCAAAUGCUGGGGUUUUAUUGCAGACACAGGAUUACAUGGGGAAAGCUUGCAGGAUAAUGUUGUUUUUUUCUAGGGAAAUACAAGAGUGAGAUGUUAACAUACAAGCAUGACUGACAAUUGCAAAAGGGAUAAAUAACUGAAAUGCAUCAAACAACUGAGAAUAUAUCUUACAUGCUGGACUGACAGGAAAUUGUACUACGGAACAUGGCAGCAGCAUAUAAACUUGAACAAACUAAAAGGAUCUUACAUAUUCUUCAAUAAUGAAAGUUACUCACUUUGUCAGAGUCGUCACUAGCUAACACAGCCACAUAAACCCAUCUUAUUUCUACAAUUUCUCUUAAAAUCUGAUUUUAAACCUAACUUUAACCACAAUGCUAACCUUACGCCUAACCAUAAAUUAAAACCAAAAAGCACAUUUUUGUUUUCAUGAAUUUUUAGGAUAGAGCCAUUUUUGACUUUGUGGCUGUGUUAUCUAGUGGAAACCCCUUGUCAGUCACGCACAACAUGGAAAGGAAAACAAUUGAUGACUGCCCCAUGCGCACAACAUGGAAAGGAAAACAAUUGAUGACUGCCCCAUGCGCACAACAUGGAAAGGAAAACAAUUGAUGACUGCCCCAUGCAUUCACCAACAGGAAAAAGGAAAACUGGAGGGGAAAAACGGCUGCUUGAAUAGUCAAGAGGUGCUAAUGAGCAGUGUGGGAACAGGUGGGGUAAGUGGCAAGGGAGGGGCGUGGCCAGAGAUUAGGGGUGAUGACAUGAGCCUUCACAACAGUUUAUACAGUAUAUGGCUCUUGAUAUGGUUUAUACACUGAGUAUAUAAAACAUUAAGAACACCUGCUCUUUCCAUGACAGACUGACCAGGUGAAAGCUAUGAUUCCUUAUUGAUGUCACUAGUUAAAUCCACUUCAAUCAGUGUAGAUCAUGGUUUCCCAAACUUCGUCCAAGGGGGUGCACAUUUAGAUUUUUGCCCUAGCACUACACAGCUGAUUCAACUAAUCAAGCUUUGAUAAUUUGAAUUAGUUGUGUAGUGUUAGGGCAAAAACCAAAACGUGCACCCCUUGUAGUCCCAAGGACCGAGUUUGGGUGUUGUAGAUGAAGGGGAGGAGACAGGUUAAAAACCCCUAGAGUCGAUGUCCACGCCCCCACGGAAAUCUAAUUAGCAUAAUAAUAAAAAAAAACAUAAAUCUGUCAGUUUAAGCUAGAUAUAUCUGUUUAUUUGCAUUGGGUGUGUUUCAAUCCACUACAUUGAGACGCACCCCUGAUUAUAUAGCCUCAUUAUUGAUAUUUUAUUGUAACUUUUUAUUUUAGUAAAUAUUUUCUUAACUCUAUUUCUUGAACUGCAUUGUUAAGGGCUUGUAAGUAAGCAUUUCACGGUAAGGUUGUUUGGCGCAUACCUGUUGUAUUUGGCGCAUGUGACAAAUACAAUUUGAUUUAAUCCAACGAUGUCUCACUUCCGCAUCUGGGGUGAAAGGUGACAGAGCUAGAGUGGUGUUUGUCAGACCAUGAGACAUCCCGAAAAUCGGUCUUCUCACAAACUCGUCUGUAGCGUCCGAACGGUUUGGCCUACAAACUAUUAUGACCCAUCUAUGGAAAGAUGAGACUCUCACGAACACAAUGUUGUUCUCCGUCACGGGACUCGUCUGAAGUCAGUACAGCUGAUCUGCCAACUUCUGUCUGUAGCGUCCGGACAGUUUGGUCUACACACUAAUAUGAUAUACACGUUUUGCUCUAGGACACCCGCAGGCCUCACAAGACUCGUCUGAAAGUCCCCCGGUACCAGUUGAAAAAAUUUAUGGAAGUAUAUAUGGAGACUGUUUAGUGCCAGAGGUAAAGGGUUAAAUACAUCAAACAAACAAACAAUAAAUAUAUACACUGCUCAAAAAAAUUAAGGGAACACUAAAAUAACACAUCCUAGAUCUGAAUGAAUGAAAUAAUCUUAUUAAAUACUUUUUUCUUUACCUAGUUGAAUGUGCUGACAACAAAAUCACACAAAAAUUAUCAAUGGAAAUCAAAUUUAUCAACCCAUGGAGGUCUGGAUUUGGAGUCACCCUCAAAAUUAAAGUGGAAAACCACACUACGGGCUGAUCCAACUUUGAUGUAAUGUCCUUAAAACAAGUCAAAAUGAGGCUCAGUAGUGUGUGUGGCCUCCACGUGCCUGUAUGACCUCCCUACAACGCCUGGGCAUGCUCCUGAUGAGGUGGCGGAUGGUCUCCUGAGGGAUCUCCUCCCAGACCUGGACUAAAGCAUCCACCAACUCCUGGAUAGUCUGUGGUGCAACGUGGCGUUGGUGGAUGGAGCGAGACAUGAUGUCCCAGAUGUGCUCAAUUGGAUUCAGGUCUGGGGAACGGGCGGGCCAGUCCAUAGCAUCAAUGCCUUCCUCUUGCAGGAACUGCUGACACACUCCAGCCACAUGAGGUCUAGCAUUGUCUUGCAUUAGGAGGAACCCAGGGCCAACCGCACCAGCAUAUGGUCUCACAAGGGGUCUGAGGAUCUCAUCUCGGUACCUAAUGGCAGUCAGGCUACCUCUGGCGAGCACAUGGAGGGCUGUGCGGCCCCCCAAAGAAAUGCCACCCCACACCAUGACUGACCCACCGCCAAACCGGUCAUGCUGGAGGAUGUUGCAGGCAGCAGAACGUUCUCCACGGCGUCUCCAGACUCUGUCACGUCUGUCACAUGUGCUCAGUGUGAACCUGCUUUCAUCUGUGAAGAGCACAGGGCGCCAGUGGCGAAUUUGCCAAUCUUGGUGUUCUCUGGCAAAUGCCAAACGUCCUGCACGGUGUUGGGCUGUAAGCACAACCCCCACCUGUGGACGUCGGGCCCUCAUACCACCCUCAUGGAGUCUGUUUCUGACCGUUUGAGCAGACACAUGCACAUUUGUGGCCUGCUGGAGGUCAUUUUGCAGGGCUCUGGCAGUGCUCCCCCUGCUCCUCCUUGCACAAAGGCGGAGGUAGCAGUCCUGCUGCUGGGUUGUUGCCCUCCUACGGCCUCCUCCACGUCUCCUGAUGUACUGGUCUGUCUCCUGGUAGAGCCUCCAUGCUCUGGACACUACGCUGACAGACACAGCAAACCUUCUUGCCACAGCUCGCAUUGAUGUGCCAUCCUGGAUGAGCUGCACUACCUGAGCCACUUGUGUGGGUUGUAGACUCCAUCUCAUGCUACCACUAGAGUGAAAGCACUGCCAGCAUUCAAAAGUGACCAAAACAUCAGCCAGGAAGCAUAGGAACUGAGAAGUGGUCUGUGGUCACCACCUACAAAACCAGUCCUUUAUUGGGGGUGUCUUGCUAAUUGCCUAUAAUUUCCACCUGUUGUCUAUUCCAUUUGCACAACAGCAUGUUACAUUUAUUGUCAAUUAGUGUUGCUUCCUAAGUGGACAGUUUGAUUUCACAGAAGUGUGAUUGACUUGGAGUUACAUUGUGUUGUUUAAGUGUUCCCUUAAUUUUUUUGAGCAGUGUAUAUAUAUAUAUAUAUAUACAUACCUAAAUUCGGAAAGUAUUCAGACUUGACUUUUUCCACAUUUUGUUAUGUUACAGCCUUAUUCUAAAAUUGAUUAAAUAAUUUUUUUCUCAUCAAUCUACACACAAUACCCCAUAAUGACAAAGCAAAAACAGGUUUUUAGAAUUUUGUGCAAAUUUAUUAAAUAUAAAAAAACAACACUUUGCUAUUAGACUCAAAAUUGAACAUCCUGUUUCCAUUGAUCAUCCUUGAUGUUUCUACAACUUGACUGGAGUCCACCUGUGGUAAAUUAAAUUGAUUGGACAUUAUUUGGAAAGGCUCACACCUGUCUGUAUAAGGUCCCACAGUUGACAGUGCAUCUCAGAGCAAAAACCAAGCCAUGAGGUUGAAGGAAUUGUCCGUAGAGCUCCGAGACAGGAUUGUGUUGAGGCACAGAUCUGGGGAAGGGUACCAAAACAUUUCUGCAGCAUUGAAGGUUAAAUGGAAGAAGUUAAAUGGAAGAGCUGGCCACCAGGCCAAACUGAGCAAUCGGGGGAGAAGGGCCUUGGUCAGGGAGGUGACCAAGAACCCGAUGGUCACUCUGACAGAGCUCCAGAGUUCCUCUGUGGAGUUGGGGGAACCUUCCAGAAGGACAACCAUCUCUACAGCACUCCACCAUUCAGGCCUUUAUGGUAGAGUGGCCAGAUGGAAGCCACUCCUUAGUAAAAGGCACAUGACAGCCCGCUUGGAGUUUGCCAGAAGGCACCUAAAGACUCUCAGAACAUGAGAAACAACAUUCUCUGGUCUGAUGAAACCAAGAUUGAACUCUUUGGCCUGAAUGCCAAGCAUCGCGUCUGGAGGAAACAUGGCACCAUCCCUACAGUGAAGCAUGGUGGUGGCAGCAUCAUGCUGUGUGGAUGUUUUUCAGCGGCAGGGACUGGGAGACUAGUCAGGAUCGAGGGAAAGAUGAGCGAAGCGAAGUACAGAGAGAUCCUUGAUGAAAACCUGCUCCAGAGCGCUCAGGACCUCAGACUGGGGCGAAGGUUCACCUUCCAACAGGACAACGACCCUAAGCACACAGCCAAGACAAUGCAAGAGUGGCUUUGGGACAAGUCUCUCAAUGUCCUUGAGUGGCCCAGCCAGAGUCCGGACUUGAACCCGAUCUAACAUCUCUGGAGAGACCUGAAAGUAGCUGUGCAGCGAUGCUCCCCAUCCAACCUUAUGUAAAUGUAAUAUUUCAGUUUUUUUUGUUUUGUAAAUUAGCUAAAAUUUCUAAAAAACUGUUUUUGCUUUGUCAUCAUGGGGUAUUGUGUGUAGAUUGAGGGGGAAAAAACAAUUUCAUUAAUUUUAGAAAAAGGCUGUAAAAUGUCAAGGGGUCUGAAUACUUUCCGAAUGCACUGUAUUAUGGAUUAAAUAAUUAUUUAAAAUUCAGACAUGGAUUGUGUACGUGUGCCAUUGAAGGUGAAUGGGCAAGACAAAAUAUUUAAGUGCCUUUGAACGGGGUAUGGUAGUAGGUGCCAGGCGCAACAGUUUAUGUCAAGAACUGCAGCGCUGCUGGGUUUUUCACACUCGUGUUUAUCAAGAAUGGUCCACCACCCAAAGGACAUCCAGCCAACUUGACACAACUGUGGGAAGCAUUGUAGUCAACAUGGGCCCGUAUCCCUGUGGAACGCUUUCGACACCUUGUAGAGUCCAUGCCCCGACAAAUUGAGGCUGUUCUGAGGGCAAAAGCGGGAUUCAUCUCAAUAUUAGGAAGGUGUUCUUAAUGUUUUGUACACUCUGUGUAUAUGGCUGACUGUCUGAUUUUAAUGUGUUUUGUGUAGAUUCAGCGGUGUCAUACAAGCAAUUGAAGACCUUGUUUCCCAGCAGCAGUAUUCAACUGUUUGAUGUCCGCAAUCCGGAUGAGUUUGAGGCUGGACAUAUUCCUGGCUCCACCAAUGUCCCACGUGAGUAACACACACAGACACACAGCGCACACACUUAUUUUGAUAUGUUGUUUGAAACAUUCCCAGAGCAGCACCGUGCACACAUUUUCUCUGUCAUGUUUUGUGUUUGUUUGAUAUGUAUUUUCUUUUGUUAUGAUUCAUGUUGUCAUGUCCUUUUUAAACUGCUGUAAACCAAUUUUCCCAUUGUGGGGCAAUAAAGUGAAAUACAAAUACCACUACUAACAGUUGGGGAACUCCAGGAGGCGCUGAGGCUGAGCCCGGACCAGUUCAAACAGAGGUUUGGAGUACAAGCCCCUCAUAAGGAGGAUAGCAGCAUUGUGGUCUACUGCCAGAGGGGUAGACGGAGUGCUACUGCCCUUGACAUAAUGUGGGCUCUGGGUUUCAGCAGGUGAAGACCAUUUACAAUCACCCUUUUAAGCUGCUAGCAUCCUAACCUGAGCGACGUACCCACACAGAUCAGUUGAUACUACACAUCUGUGCUCCUCUCCUUCUCUUCCUUCUCUCCUAGAGCUCGUCACUAUGCUGGAGGAUACAGUGACUGGGUCCAGAAUGAAGAGCAGUGAGGUGUUUCAAGCGCUGCAGGGCCAUUCUGUGUGUUUGAAUUCUGCUUAUUGGAACAAAAUAUAUUUAGGAAGCAUAGCCAUUAAAUCCUUACUUCAGAGUAGGGGAAAUGCUACACUGGAAAUGACAACUCAAUGAUGGUCUUAUUUCAUAGUAAUUGAUUGACGAAAUGGUUGCGUAAAUUGUCCCAAACCAAAUAAAGGUCAGGUGUGUGAAUGUUA